GCUGUUCAGCUGUCCUCGUCUAACCCGUCCAGCCCUCGUCCAGGCCUGCACACUCCUGUCUUCCUCCUGCUGGGUGUGAAACAAACAGCCUGACAAGAUGUCUGAGAAAAAGAUGACAAACAGUCGAAAGCAUCAUCUGAAGAGCCUGAUGCUCUCGAUCGCGGCGAGCAUGCUGGAGGCGGAAGCAGCCGAGACAGAGCAGGAGAGGGAUAGGUACAUGGAGGAGAACUGCCCCUCCCUGUCCUUACCUGGAUCCACGCAGGAACUGCAGGAUCUGUGCAAGAAGCUUCACCAGAAAAUUGAUGCUGUUGAUGAGGAGAGAUAUGACAUACACGCCAAAGUUUCUAAGUGCAAUAAGGAGAUUGAUGACCUGAAAAUAAAAGUCAUUGACCUGAAGGGAAAGUUCAAGAAGCCCGCUCUGAAGAAAGUGCGCAUGUCUGCCGAUGCCAUGCUGCAAGCUCUGCUGGGCUCCAAGCACAAGGUCAACAUGGACCUGAGGGCCAACCUGAAACAGGUCAAGAAGGAGGUCAAAGAGGAGGAAAAGGACGCUGGUGACUGGCGUAAGAACAUCGAGGAUAAGGCCGGCAUGGACGGCAGGAAGAAGAUAUUUGAGACAGAGGCUUAAAUGAGUCUUCUUUGCUGAGUUAUAGUUUGUUUUGCUUUAGGUCUUUUGCUCCUCCUCUGGGACUGUGUUUCACUUUCUCUCUCUCUCUCUCUCUCUCUGUUUUUAUGAUUACUCUGUUUUGUUUUUACACAUGCUCAUAUUUGUAUUGAGGUACAGUGUAGUGGGACAACCUAAAGUGUCUUUGUUUAACUUCCUUUUGCCCCUUUAGCACCCUGGAGCCACAGAUUUACAGUCACAUCACAAUUACUUAAAAGAGAACUGCUGCUAAAUCAGCUGUAGCUAAUAAAUAUUUUGAUGGAACCUCCAAA